AACCGUUGAGAGCACACCUCUCGCAUCUAAAUCAUUCUGCAAAUAAAAUAUAAUUUCUUUCUGGCGUUGAUUGGGAUACUAUGGUUAAAGCGGAUGGUCUGCAAUUGGAUUAGAAUAUUCGGUUAAUAUUUGGAAAAGUGAGCUUCAUUGAGUCACAUGAGUAUGGCCAUUUCAGAGCUUUCAAGUGCAUUUGCGAUAUUAGCUUUGCUGCUACACUUGAGUUUCAGUCAAGAGUUGCAAGAUCUGCUGCCGAACGAAAGUGGGUCGGAUGAUAAAAUCGUGACACCAUCUCUGGUAGAUGAUUACGUGAAUUGCCCUCCCGACGAUGGUGAAAAUAUGAUCGUUUUGGGAAGCAUAGAAGAUGAAAACGAUUCGGAUAGCAUAUCAGACUCGUCCGAUUACUAUGCUUAUGACUAUGGCGCACCCGAUGAUCGGAUGAUUACUAGGGUGAACGCUAAACUUAUAGAAUUGGUUAACGAAGAUCUGCUCGAAGAAGCUUCAACGGAAGGUGAAACAACCCCCACAACGGAUACAACAGCUUUCGAUGGAGAUGAGGAAGCUAGUGGAGAAAAUGACAGCACAGACAGUGCUGUAAUAGAGAUUGAUACACUAGAUAUUGACGAUAACCAGGAUAUGAAGGGACUCGACAGCAGGUUUGCCGAGUUUGUUGAACAGCACCCUGAAGAACAUCCUGUGAUGUCCCCAAACUAUCCAAAUCCAUAUCCAAAUUCAGUCAACACUUUCGAAGAAUACACGAUAACAGGCGGCAAUGGAAUUCAAAUUAAUAUCCAUGAUAUUGACAUGGCCCACGAUACAGACUUUCUUUUUAUCAGAGGGGGUGCCUUAAGCGAUGAGGAAGAAAAAGGGGUCACUUUAACAGGAGAAGACACGGCCCCUCUUCGUUUCCUAAUCCCCCACACCACAACCUUUUCCGUUCAUUUUGUAUCGCAGCACGACUCCUCUGAAAAUCAAACACAUAAAGGAUACUUUUUGACGUACGCUCCAUUUGGUACCGUUGUGUCGCUCACUACUCCAACUACUACGGAAAUGAUUGUUCCUCGUGAAGAGCUGCAGUGGUUCCGUCGGGAGGUUUCCAUUAGGGAGAUCAUGAUGGUUUCAGUCGAAACGUGGCCAAACGUUAAAGCGGCUUUGGCGAACGCUUCCAAUGCGUUCGUGGAAAUGCACCAACUGAAGUACAAACCAUGUCGAGCGGACGACGUCAAAAUUUUGGUUCAAAAAUGUCCCGAUACCUGGCCUGGUUACGAGGAGUGCGUCAGUCUAGAAUUCGCCAUUCCACUCCGGCCCAUUGUAGUAAUCGAAGAGGAGCCGGAAGGAAUGGACACAAAACGUAGAUUUGUGCAGGGCAAGGGCUUCAUACCGUUGACUACCACUGAGGAACCGGAGGCGGAAUAUCAGCUGACGAAGGCAAAUCUCGAGCACAUGUGGAAUGAAUUCGGAGCGAUGGCACUGGCUGAAGUGGGUAUUGAGGUAUACAAAAUGCCGGAGAAUUCGUCGGUGUUGCUAAUUUGGAUCGCCAUCAGUGUGUGCGUCCUGGCGGCGUUCAUAUUCGUGCUGUACAGCAUUUGGAAGAUUGACUUCUUCAAGGACUAUAGAAGAAUUUCCAAGCUAACUAGAGAGCCUCAAGAUGAAGAUCGAAGCGAAUUGAAGAAGAAGGAAUUCGAUAUAUCGAUGUUCCCUUCACCGCACCAGAUUGUCCCCAGCCUAUUCCCAACUGGAGAUCCUUAUGGCGAUCGUGCUAAUGAAGCCCAGUAUGCGUACGACAACUCCACAAUGAACCCAUUUGCCGAAGAUCUGAAUGAUUCGUCCAAGUUCAGCAACAACCACGCUCCGCGGAGUCACCAAUCACCAAAACAGCAGGUGUUCGAACCACUUUCGCCACUGGACUACUCCCCGAGCAUCGUGGACUUCAACGAAAUACCGGAAACUCGAUCGCCCAGAAGGAGCAGGAAUAGUAAUCCCUUUCUGCCGCCCAGCCAUAGCAGUGGACCGGCGAUCGGUGGCGAUCGGUAGACACGAUGGCAGGCCCCAAUGGAAACUGGGAUCGUAAAAUCGUUUGGCAUGUUAAUUAAAAACGAUUCGGUGUAUUUUUAAUUUUAGGACUUUUGGCGAGUGCUGAUGAGGAUUAUUAUUUUUAGCAAGUGGAAAAAAUAUGUUGAUAUCAUAUUAAAUGAGCAUCGUGAUUUAA